AGGCGCCAAUUUUGUUUCGUCUUCUAAACAAACUAGAGUACCGUCCAUGGUUAAAACCCAACUGCUUCGGAUUUUAUCUGCUUAAACGGAGACUAAAUAGCGAGCGAAAAUGACUGAAAAUACAUUUCCGGUGUACACUGCCGACGCGAUAGUGAACUUUUACCGAACAGAAGUUCUCACCGGUCAAGAAGCAAAACACUUCACCAAGAGCGACUUAACGCCCGUCCCAAAGCCUGAGGCAGUUCAGACACUAUACAUGAGGGUGUUGCAUCUCCUGUAUCGAUUCAAACCUGAGUGUCACUCCAUGGUUCCACUUUUGGAAAACAUUCAGUAUCCAGCUUAUAAUGAAGGGGCCACCUCCAUCCUGAGCGUCUACGUGCGCAUGCGUCAGUUUCUGCCCAUGUGCUUGGUCUAUGACUUCUCACUGAAUGACCUUCUAGCUCCCAAAAAACAGAAAACUCUGAUUAUUCUGAGUGGUAUCUUGAACUUCCUUCACUUCAGGAAGCAGAGGAUGGAGAUGAUCCAGGAGAAACAGGCUAAGUUUAGGGCAGACAUGGACCGAAUCCAGGCAUACAAUAAAGGUAAUCUGGCGGCAGAGAAGAAGAUUGAGAUGCUGACGACCAUCCCACCGGAGCAGCAGGCGGAGGCAGACGAGCUGGCGGCGGCUCUGUCUGAACUUCAGGCCACGACUGUGCACGAGUACCAGGAAGUGAACAUGAAAAAUGACUCCAUCGCAGAGUGGAAGACCAAAAUAGCAGAGAAGACACAGAAACUGGCCCAGGUGAAGCUGAACGUCACCAACCUGAAGGAGGACAUCACCAAACUCAAGUCUCAGAUUGUGGAGUCUCCAGAGGAACUGAAGAGCCAGAUGGAGAAGAUGAGGGACAAUGUCAAGAACAUCAAGAACUCUAUUGAACAAACAGAUGAGCGUGGGGUGGAGCUGCAGAGCAUGGUGCAGAGCGUGACCCAAACUGAGGCUGAGAUGCAGCAAAUGUACAACCUGCUGCUGGACCUGGAGAGCAGCAUGAACAACACCAAGCAGCUGCAGGAAGAGCACCAGGAGCUGACGGUUCAGUAUGAGAAGAAGCAGAAGGAGCUGAAGAACCUGUGCAGUGAAGAAGGCCAGCUGAAACGAGCUCUGGGCAUGAAGCUGGACAAGGAAUCCAAACAGAACAUCCGCAGACAGAAGAAGAGAGAGAUGAAGGAGCAACACGCCCAGGACAUGUUGGGGCAGUGCAACCAAAUCCAUCAUAAACGUGAAGAGAUGGCCAAUAAAAUCCAGGACAUUUCCAACGAGACGCAGCAGCUGAAGGCCAAGAUCCAGAACCUGAGAGAUGUAUGCAACAAAGAGACGGAAAAGGCUCAGGCCCUGCUGGACACGCUGUCAACUUCCAUGGACGAGCUGCACAGGAGGAUCGAGAUGAACAUCGUGGACCUGAACCACGACGUCACCAAGAUGUCUGCCAACUUUUAAAAUGUUCUUAUUUUAGUUUUCAUCUGUUAUAUGCGUGUAUUUAUACUCAGCUGUCCUGUUGUUUUAUUGAACUCGUAUUUAGCUUUUGAAAACCAGCACUGCAUACAGAACUGUUUGGUUCACAAAAAGUUACGUCAGUUUUACAGUUUAAAUAUUUUACUAAAUGUGUGGAAACCACAAGUAGAACAGACAGAAGUCAUUACAUCUAAUAAAUAAAUUUACCGAAAAA